AUGUUCGAGCUAAUACCGCCACCCGGGAAUCCCACUAUGAUUAUCAUCCUGGGCAUUGGCGUGUCGGCGUACACCUGGCUGUUCACACCGCGGGAAUACCUGGUUUACUCCGAUUCCCUGUGCGUUGCCUACGGCAGGCCCCGGGUAAAGGUGAUGCACUUCAGCAAUAUUGCCACGGUGGAGAUGGGUUCGCUGGCCACAAUGGACCAGCUGAGGAUUCGCCCAGUGAAGGGCCGGCGCCAGCCGAUACGGGUAAGGGACCCGGAGGGCUUCUUCGACGAACUUGAAGCGGCCCUUAACGCCUACCGCGCCGCUCACCCCGAGGAAAAUAUGGACUACGAGUUCCGGGGGAGAAGGCCGCUGGAAGUAGUGGACGCAGAAUCCGUUGCUGUGGUAGACGCGGUUGAGGCGACGCCCAUAGCCGACACCGCUCCCGAAGCGCCAGCUUCCGAACCGUCGCAAGACAUGGUUGAAACGGCUGGUAACUCUGUAGAAGAGCCCGUCGCGACAGAGCAGGCGAAGGCUCCCGAGCCUUCCUCUGCCGAAGAGCAGCCAGUAGCCCAGGCCAAUGAGGCUGUGGAAGAAGCUCCUGCGUCUGGACCGGACGACUCAGGGGAUGAUCCCCAGCAACCUCAACCACGCACCUUUUACUGA